AUUGUGUGAGCGACUUACUUCGAUAUAUUUUGUCAAUUUAUUUGUAUACUUGUGGGUCGAGGUAUUAUCCUGCCCCAAAUCCCACUCGAAAGUCGACACCGAGCCCACUUGUCGGUCGGCUCGGUAGCAGAUUGUGUAAAACUGAGCCGGUUUUCUGGUGUUAUUCCUUUGUAAAUACUGUUAUUUGUAUAUACUGUAAAUGAUGACUUCCAUGGGCGGGAACCGAGCCCGGGGCAGCUGGGAGCAGACACAGGGCCAGACACCGAGCCAGACACAGCACAAGCAGAGGCCUCAGGCUACUGCAGAGCAGAUCCGACUUGCGCAGAUGAUUUCAGAUCACAAUGAUGCAGACUUUGAAGAGAAAGUCAAACAGCUGAUUGACAUCACAGGCAAAGACCAGGAUGAGUCCAUGAUCGCGCUGCACGAUUGCAACGGGGAUGUCAACAGAGCCAUUAACGUGUUGCUGGAGGGCAGCCCAGAUACUGACUCUUGGGAGAUGGUGGGAAAGAAGAAAGGGGUGUCAGGCCAGAAGGAGACAAGUCAAGCAGAGACCGGAGAGGAAGGAAAAGAAAACAGAGAGAAAGGAGGGGAGAAGGAUAUAGCACGUCGUCGAGGUGGAGCUCCACGUAAGAGUCGCGGAUCCAGCAGGGGACGAGAGUUCCGGGGUCAAGAGAAUGGCUUGGAUGGUGGCAAAGCUGGAGUCACUGGACGAGGCACAGAGCGAGGCCGAAGGGGAAGAGGCAGAGGAAGAGGGACUGUUGGAGUAUCUGGACGGCGGGGAGGCAGGUUUUCGGCACAGGGCAUGGGAACUUUCAAUCCUGCUGACUAUGCUGAGCCAACCCAGACAGAAGAAAACUAUGGAGGCGGCAGCACCUGGAACAACACGGGAACCAUGGAGCUCGAGGAGGGAGCUCGGUUGGAAUACUCUGCAGGAGAGGGAACAAAUUAUCCACCCAAGUUUGAUUCUGCACCUAGUAAAUGUGCCUGGAGGACUGCCACGGAGGAAUGGGGCACUGAAGACUGGAAUGAGGGUGAUCUUUCAGAGACCAAAAUAUUCACAGCUUCCAGUAUGGCCACAAUGGCUCUUCCUCAAGAGAAUGUUACCAUCACCAAAGGGCAGAGAAUUGACCUUGCUGUACUCCUGGGCAAAACUCCACCAUCCUCCUCUUCUGAGACUGAAAACCCCCCCAUGGAAGCUUCCCAGCCCCCUUCUCUGUCCCAAUCACUGGUCUUCAGUAACUCCAAACAAGGGGUACCGCUUUCGCAAACAUCUUCAAGCUCCCCAUAUACCCAACACAGCAUGGUCAGCAUGCUGAACAAGGGUUUUGGGGAUGUCGGAGACCCUAAAGGAGGUAGCACUGGGACCACUGGCUCCCAGUUCCUGGAGCAGUAUAAAACGGCCCAAGCAUUGGCCCAACUAGCUGCCCAGCACUCACAGUCUGGAUCUCCCAAUACAAACCCUUCAUCCUGGGACACCAGCGCCACGUCACUCGGACAGUAUGAUAUGAAGACUCAGCCAGAGUCCACAGUCCAUGCUCCUUUUACAAAACGGCAGCCAUACCAGGCGGCUACUUCAACCUCGUCCAUGUUGGAUGUUUUCCUGCAGGACAAAGGCUUGCCGCCUUCUUCUGUCUCAUCAACCUCUUCCUUGCCCCAACAGACAUCAUCCUCACCCCAUUUGGCCCCCCUGCCUUCUUCCUCUCUUCCAAAAAUGACAUCAGGCCCAUCCUUAGGUCAACAGGUUUCUCCAGGUUCCUCUGAUGCUCAGGGUUCCAGUCCACUGCCCCUGCAGCAGCACAAACUGAAAGUGCAGAAGAAGAGGACCUCGAUUACAACAAAAAUUCCAGCAAUGGCAGUAGAAAUGCCUGGCUCAGCGGACAUCUCUGGUCUUAAUCUUCAGUUUGGUGCGCUACAGUUUGGAUCGGAACCAGUGCUACCAGAGUACGAGCCCACCUCUACUGCAACGCCACCAGCCAACCAGGUUCAGAACAGCCUCUACACUAGCCCCAACAGUGAGUCGACCCCCGCGCUUUCCAACUCUAGCCAAAUGGACCUGUAUGAUCAGAGAACAUCUCAGACUCGGCGCUAUCCUCCCUCUGUUUCAUCUUCUCCUCAAAAAGAUAUGCAGCCCAAGAAUGGUUUCAGUUCAAUACAAGCAUCACAGGCUGUGGAAGCUGCAGCGGGCUCUGCAGUAGCGGUAAAGCCGGUCCCUGAUUCGGUCACUCCGGCAUCAGUCUCCAGCAUGGGCACUUUAACAGACAGCAGUACAGGCCCUGCCUCCUUGUUAUCCACAUCCAAUCAGACCUCUCUUAGUACUCUAGGGCACAGUGAAGACCUGCCCCCAAGCUCCAUUCCCCCACCUCAGCACAAUAACGCCCUCCCAUCACAACAGAAUAGUCUUACUUCAUCUUCAGUCCGCACAUCCAACUCAAGUCUACUGCAUCCCAGUGUAGAUGGUGACUCAAAUCUGCACUCCUCGUCUUACCCUUCCUCUGCUUCAGUAGUACCGUCAUCAUCAGUGGCCUCUUCAUCAGUGGCCUCUGCACCUGCACAGGCAACCUUAGGAACCCCUCAGGCUUCCCCGGUGGGAUCUGCCACAGUUUCAGCCCCCUCUGGCCUCGGUCCCAUCAACAGUCUGGCCAUGAGUCUCAAUGCUGGCACCAUGGGGGCUCCAGCUGCAGCUGCUGCUACUGUUUCAGUCUCCACAGCAUCUUCAAAUAUUCAAUCUUCAGCUUCUUCGUCAUCUACACGCAGCUCUGCAGCGUCCUCAGGGAAAGCUCCACCAAAUCUGCCACCUGGAGUGCCCCCUCUGCUGCCCAACCCAUACAUCAUGGCCCCUGGACUACUGCACGCAUAUCCACCUCAAGUGUAUGGCUAUGAUGACCUACAAAUGCUGCAGACCAGAAUACCUCUGGAUUAUUACAGCAUCCCUUUUGCGACACCCACGACAGCACUGACUGGCAGAGAUGGCAGCCUAACAAGCAACCCUUAUUCUGGUGAUUUGUCAAAGUUUGGAAGAGGUGAUGCCUCUUCCCCGGCACCAGCCACUACGUUAGCCCAAACUCAGCAGAACCAGACCCAGACACAUCACACCACCCAGCAGCCCUUCCUUAAUCCUGCACUGCCACCAGGCUACAGCUACACAAGCCUCCCGUACUACACUGGUAUGCCAGGCCUGCCCAAUACCUUUCAAUAUGGACCUGCUGUGUUCCCGGUGGCUCCUACCUCGUCAAAGCAGCACGGUGUGAAUGUUGGCGUCAAUGCCUCAGCCACACCCUUCCAGCAGGCUAGUGGUUACGGUUCCCAUGGAUACAGCACUGGCUAUGAGGAUGUGGGCCAGGCUUCAGGGAGUGGGGAUUUCUGUAAGGGCGGAUACGGCACUGCCGUGGCCGCUGCCGCUUCUGCACAAAACAAGCCAGCCAGCUCUGUCACCGGGCCUGGAGUCGGAGUCUCUGUGACCUCGAGCAACACGGGAGUACCAGAUAUUUCAGGUCUGUUACACAAAGACGCAGUCGCUUUACGAAGCAGGGUUUCCACGCCGGUACGCCAGCUGCGUCGUUCAGCUGCCCUCGGCCCUAGGGAGCGGGGGACCCAUCAAUCCACCGGUCUGCUGACGGCUACGCCCCAGCACCCUUCAUGCACAUCCUGGACCGCACCAACAGCCCCACUCUCAAAUUCUGCACACCACCUGCAGCAGGACGGACAGAGCGCCUACUGGACAGCGCAACCAGACCGCCGCCAUUCAGCAGAAGUCUCAGAUCAACAAGUCGGCAUACAACAGCUAUAACUGGGGGCCAACUAACAUCUGCUGCGGGGCAGUGCCCCCGCCGUACUGAUGGCGGAAACCCGGAGGAGCCUCACCACUCCUCCAGAUUAGUCUCAACGUAAACUCCCUCUUUGUCCUCCGGCAGUUCCCUCCCCAGUCUCUUGGCUCAGCACUCCUGCAGUUUUGACUCCAGUCAGAGGUGGUGCUGUGCCCAGAGAAACGGCGCCGUGGAGACACAUGGCUGAGCGGGAGAGAGGAGGAGGAAACGGAAGAGAGGGCAGAUUCCAACUAUAUGGUAUACAAGUAUAUGUCGAAGUGAAAUAAGUGUCGGAAUUAGUUUUGUGUUUAAUCCACCCCGUUUCUUUCACUUGUAUGUAACAUAGAACUGUUUUCUAAAAGAAUGAUUUUUUUUUUUUCUCUCCCCUCUUUAACCCCCUUUCUUCUUUCAGAUGGGAGGAAUGAAGUAAUAUCUGAAGGUGGGGGGGACAGGCUGGUUUUGUAUUUCUCACCCUCGACUUCCCCGCUCCUUAUGUUCUUGGAAUUCUUUCCCACCCACACAAAAAAUGCCCAGACAGCGGGUUUGCUAAUGUACCUUUCUCUCCCCACCCCCACCACCCGUUUUACAGUCAUUUUAAGUUUUUUGAAAGAAGCCCCUCUCUGCGCUGGGAGAGCUGUGAAGUUUAUUUUUUACUAAAUACAGAUAUAUAUAAAGACAUAAGUGAGCACUCUGGCUUAGACUGUGAGGAAAAGUGUUUGCGUGCAUGUUUGUACACAUGGGGCUGUGGUUGUGUACUUUUUCUGCUGCACAGGUUGCUUCUUUUUUUUGUGUGUAAAAAAAAAAAAAAAAAAAUCCAUUAUCCAACACUUUGUACAGUAGUGAAUCAUGAAUUUAUAAAUAUGUUUCAUAAAGUCCCGCAUUCUCUGCAGACACAUUGAGAAUGAAUUCCAAGGCCAUUUCACACCUAGUCUGCCUUCCAGUGUGCUUGGGGGGUUUUUUGUUUGUUUUUUUGGGGGGGGGGGAGAGCCCCCACCUCCUCUUUGCUCCACCACCUGUCCCUGACAAUGUAAGAAACCUGCAGCAUCAAAUACUGAUGGACGAAUUGUACCUUUUUUUUUCCCUUUUUUUUUUUUUUUUUUUUUUUUUGUCAGUGAUCAGUUUAUUUUUUGUACUGUGCGUUUUAAAAAAAAUUUAAAUGGAUAAACUUGUCUUGUACUAUAUAAAAAACACAAGUACUGUAGUCCCUGUUUGUUUGAUGGCUUUCUCCUUUUCCUUCUCAAAUCCUUGCAGACUUGUUAGCUUUUUGUUUCCCUUUUUUGUAUAAAAUAUAUAAAUAUUAAGUAAAUAAACAGACAUUUUCAUCA